AUGGAGGUGUUUUGGGAAGAAGAAUCCAUAAUGGAUUCAAAAAGAGAAGCCAAUGCAAAGAGGAAAUUACCAGAAGGUCCCUACUCUAAAUGGAUCUCCCCAUACAAUGAUCUUGUGCUCGAAAGGACUUCAAGCAAAAAUAGUGUUAGUGUGAUUGUGCCCGAAAGCGUGGAGAUUUUUGAUAGUGUGCUCAGGUUCAUUGGUGGUUUAUCCCCAGAAGUCGACAAAGUUCUUGGUCGGACUUACCGGCUGGAUUUUGAGAAUCCAGCCAAGCCGGGUGUUGCGAUGGCAGUUGUUGGUGGGGAAGACAAGUACAGGACUAGCUCAAUUUUCUCUGCGGAUUGUGGUAACUGCGUGUUCUCUAAUGGGGAAUUCGUUCGCGGAGAGAGAUCAAUGGGUGUGGAAUAUGGCAGUAGCCAAGAUUGCACCAGUGAGAUUGGUGGUGGAAGUGGCAUAGAACCUAUACCAUAUGGUUCUAUGAAAACUGUAACAAUCCAAAGUUUGUGA